AUGCUGUGCUGGCUCCUGCUGCUCGCCCUGCUGCUGGUGGCUGCCUUCCCGUGGCCCCUGCGCCAGAGCUACUCGGUCCCUGAGGACUUCUCUGCUCCGCUGGAGCUUCCACAGCAGCACUUUGGCCUGGUGGAUGAUUACGGCAUCAAACCCAAGCAGCCUCACAUUAGGAGCCGGGUGGCCCAGGAGAGGCCAGUGGGGCUGCAUAGAGCUGGCAAAAGCAAGCGUGAUGAGCUUGACUUGCUGGAGUACUACUACGAUGCCCAUCUGUGAGCCAGUGUGCCUCUGCCUGCUGCAGCCCAGCCUCCACGAGCUGCCUUCCUGCCCUCCGCUGCUGCAGGACAGGGUAGGUGUGGACUGUAGGAAAGUGGUGGGGUUAAGGAUAUGCCCUGCUUUGAGUGAGGACCGGAGAGGAUGACCUCCAGAGGCCUCUUCAACCAUCAUACAAUGAUCUCUGGCCUCCAAGGGUUGCAGCUGGG